UGGCAGAGAAUGUGGAGAUCGAACAAGAUUAUAAACUCAAAUUUUCGGCCAAACACUGCGUUGUUGUCGAAUGACACUAUCAAAGGAGCAGGAGAAGUGCAUCUUGAAGACGAUCAACAAUGAUUAUAAACAAGAGGAAGUGAAGGAGGAGGAGGAGGAGGAGGGGGAGGAAGAGGAGGAGGGGGAGGAGGAGGACGAGGAGGGGGAGGGAGAGGAAGGAGGGGGAGGACGAGGAGGAGGAGGAGGAGGGGGAGGGAGAGGAGGAGCAGAGACGAGAUGGCAAUGAUCAUAGUUCCCGCUCGCCCACUCUUCCUUCUACUGGAGUAAUUACUGUA